AUGGCGAAGGGCUUUCAACAAGACAAGCAAUGGAACUGGAAAAACUUCUGGAUUGUCUUCUGCGUGGCGUGGUUCGGGCAGCUGGCCUUCGGGUACCCCAGUUCCAUCAUCGGAGUGACUUUAGCUCAGCCUGCGUUUCUGGAAUAUAUGGGCUUGAUCGACGCGAAUGGGCUCACUGCUGAUGCCAAUUCCCUCAUUGGUGCCACGUCUGGUGUUUUCCAGGCCGGUGCUUUCUUCGGCGUCAUCAUCGGAUCAUUUGUGAUGGAUAAAUGGGGCCGCAAAGUAGGAACUUACUUCUGCGCUAUCUGCAGCAUCAUCGGCGGCGCUGGUCUUUGUGGCUCCGUUCAUAUCGGCAUGUUCAUCGCAUUCCGCUUCGUAGCAGGCAUGGGCUCCUGGGGCUUUCUGGCACUAACCCCAGUCUACAGCGCUGAGCUCGCGCCCCCAGCUCUGCGCGGAUUUUUCGUCGGUCAGAACGGCAUGGGUAUCACAAUCGGGUACUCGCUUGCGUCAUACAUGGGACUGGCAUUCUACUAUGCGAAGUCACCUGCUACACAAUGGCGAGCUCCCCUUGGACUUGCACUCAUCUUUCCAGUCGCAGAAGUCAUCUUUGUGUACUUCUUUGCGCCUGAGUCACCUCGCUACUUGCUUAUGCGAGGUCGUGUUGAAGAGGCGCGCGAGAUCGUUAUGUCUAUUCACCACGUCCAAGGCGAUGAAGAUCAAGAAUACGCGCGUGCGGAGUUCUACCAGAUGCAGAAGCAGGCAGACUUCGACAAGGCACUCGAGCCAACCUACAAGGCCAUGUUCACGAAACCGUCUUACCGCAAGCGAACCUUCCUCGCCUGCUUCUUCGCUUUCAUCGGACAGUCCACCGCUGUGCUCGUUAUCAACAACUAUGGGCCUCUGCUCUACAAGGCUUUGGGCUACGACACAGUAGGCCAAUUGAAGCUUCAGGUCGGCUGGAUCACCAUGGGCACUCCUGCCAACCUCCUCGGAGCCUGCAUCAUGGAUAAAGUUGGCCGCAAACCUCUUAUGUUGAUAGGCAUCUUCGGUUGCUGCUUGUGUCUGACGGUUGAGACUGCGAUAAUCGCAACUUACGCCUCUCCUGUUCCGGCUAUCGACCCCAAUCUUCCAGCACUGAGGGCAGGCGUCGCCAUGUUCUACAUCUUCCUGCUGUUCUAUGGCUGUGGAAUCGAUGUCGCAGGCGUUGUUUUCUACUCUGAGAUCUUUCCAAACCACCUCCGUGCCAAGGGCGUCGCUAUGUCGAUCGCUGUGAUUGCCCUCACCGACCUUGUCUAUCUACAGGCCACGGCCACGGCCUUCGCUAAUAUUGGCUGGCGCUUCUUCCUCGUCUUCGUCAUCAUUUCUGGUCUUGGUGGUAUUGGCGCGAUCUUUCUGUUGCCAGAGACGAAGGGAGUGCCGUUGGAAGAGAUUGCGGCAAUUUUCGGCGACACAGACGAAGUCAUGGUCUUUAGCGAAGACAUUCACGUGGAUCGUACUACGCACAGCCUCGUUGUUGAUGUCCAUCACGGUGCACAAUCAGUGGGCUCCGAGGAGAAAUCGACUGGAGAAGAGAACGUUGUGCAAAGAGUCGCUACGGAGGGUUGA